CACAGGGUUGAUAAGGAAAAGUUAUUUAGACAGAAAUUCAGUAUAUUUAUCCCUUCACAGGGAUAAGUAGGGGAAUUUGGGGCACCACCAAACACGGUGUAGCACCGAUUUUUUUAAUUAUAUAUUAGAUUUCAAAGGACGAUACCUAUAUGAAUUCUACAUGAAUGUAGGGAUGCUUGCUUACUGAAGAAAUUAUCGUCACAGUCUAAGUAGUUUAGAAAUAAAAAUCAAUGUUCCUUGGUAUCCCAUGUUCGAUGGUGCCCCAGUAUUCCUUAUCUUAUAAUAAGAAAUCACUCCCCUCUUUAAGACAUUUCGCGUAACGGUCGCGAAUGCAGAGGAAUUCUGAUAUGUAUUUGUAUGUAAAAGUAAGAGUUGGCUUCAAUUCUACAGACCACAUACCAUAGAGUUGGUUAGGAUCUAAUAUUUGCAAACUUUUUUUUUUUUGAAAAAACUUACUAUGUGGUAGUCACGAUUACUCAGAGUAGGUUCAUCAGAAGUCAAAAAAUAAAAUAUUUACUGUUAACAGAUGAGUUGAACUAGUAUUUGAACACUGGAUUUUUUUCAAAAUUCCUUUGUCCGAUUACGGGUUUAAUAAUGAACCUACUCUGAGUAAUUGUAACUACCACAACAUAAUUUUUUUCAAAAAAGGUCCCCGAACAUCAGGUACUAAUGGCUGAAUUUUUAAAAUUUUAAAAUGAAAAUUUCAGAAAAUAUAACUCAAAUAUUGUACUUUUAUGUGUCUAAAAGGUCUAAAACUAAAAGCCUUUAUAAAUUUUUUUUCUGUAUUUUGAAAAAAAAAAAUAGAAAAAUAGGUUGUUUUUUUAAUCCUCGUAACCCAUGUAACCCUUAACAUGACCGUAAUUUCCCUUCCCUUCUUUCUCUCCUAUAGUAAAAUUAAAAUGUAAACCGAACAUCCUCAUACUAUAGACAUAGACAAUGUUUUUCAUAUUUUUUAGACAUAAAAUCGUUUAGAAAAAAAUUAUUUCGUCUAAGAAAAUAUUUUCGAAUUUUUCCUAUAAUGCUUUUUCGAGGCCAAAAGUUUAAAAGGCUCUACGAAGGGCUCUAAGGAGAAUAUUUCUUAAUCGACUUAGGCAGGUUUGAUCAAUUAUGGGAAGUUUGUCAAUCAUCAGUUUUAGGCUCUGAGUCUGAACCAGUCUUUGGGGUUGAAAAAUAAUUACGGAAAGAUUACGUCAAGUAUAUUACAGGAAUAGAGUAUACAGCGAUUUGUAAUAAAGUAAAAGGCUGUAGUUUCGCGAAAUCCGAAAUAGAUGGUUUAGAUUUCUUUUGAAUAAAUCAAUCAUAGAAUGAAUUUCGUGCGAAAUAAAAGUGUACAGAACAGUAACAGUACUUCGGUUUUAGCGGUUUUAGGUUUUUCGAAAGAAUGAAGAAUGAAAUAAACAUUAUUUACUUAUUUGAGAAAAAUUUAUUUGAAACAAAAUUAAUUGUUCUCUCGCUCUCCUACAAAUUAGACAUGAAUGAGAUUUUUUUUCGUAUUUUCUCAGGGAUUAAGGAUAAUAAUCAUAUUUCAUAAUUCCUAGGUUAUUUGGGAGGAAUAGUCACAAAAAAAUCUCGUUGGAAUCAAUUAUUCUCUCCUGAAGAAUGGAAACUUUUUUAAUGUUUUUGUAUUAGGUGUUAAAAAUGUGUGAUACAUAUAUCGCUUUCUAUGUAAUAUCAUAGUCGAUGAGUUCCCUCGAUUGAACAGAAGGAAACAAUGACAUCAUAUUCACUUAAACGCAUUAUUCAUACUAUUUUAUUCACAAUUUCUGAAAUUUGCAUAAGUAGCAAAUGUUUCUUGUUGAUUUAGAAUUAUCGUUUAAAGCGUGUCCACGAUUUUGUUCACGACCUAUCCUGGAAAGUAUAAUACAUUUUCUUCAGUUAUCUAAACAAAAAACUCACAAGAAUUACAUGUGAAAUUCGCACUCUCUGAACAUGCGCCAUUCUCCAAUCGAUUCAUUACCAAAGUUCUGUUUUUAUGUUUCUGGAAACUUUUUUAUUUAUUUAUUUUCUUUUUUUUUGGGAGCAUAAUGAUAAAGACUUCCAUUUUUGUUAUGUUAGGAAUAUUUUGUAUUUUUUUAUUGAGAAGUACAUAACUUAAUUUUAUGAGAUUUAUUUUGAGAGAGUGAGAGAUUUUUAGUGCAAAUUGUGCUCUCGAAUACUUCUAAUAAUUAUCCUCCAUUGCGUCGGCGUGGAGAAGAAUUUCCCGUGUAUUCUAUAAAGUUUUCUUCUCGCAAAAUUUUGUGAGAAUCACGGAAUUUCUCUCAGUUUCACUCCGACAUUAAGAUAGUGGUGUUGCAGAUUUUUUUUCCUCAUAUCUUCAUAUAAACAUCAGUCUUUCUGUAUCAUCAUUCAAUUCCUAAAUGUCGUAUUCCUAAACUUUAUUAUAGAGAAGCAGAGGAUUUUUAGAAGAGUACUAUUUUAAUUUUAUUUAUAGAAAAAUACAGGAAUCUUUUAAAAUUGCGAAAGAAAAAAAAUAAAAUGGUUUCAAGGUGAAAAUUUGAAGUGGUCCAAGCGAGACAAAAGAGUCAGAUGUCAGACACAGCUAUAUAGAUCAAAGUCGCGGGAAAUACCUAUAGGUUACAAAUGUCUAUAUAAGCCUAAAAAUACUUUUUAAAAAAAACUCUUUCCAGUAAGACAGUAGUGUAGUAAUCAUGAAAGUAUAAAGAGUGGAUAAGAACAUGGAAAAACUCUGCAGUUCAUGGUGUAAAAAACAAAAGAAAAAAAUAUGAGAGCGUGAGAAAAUGAGUGAGGAACAUCUCAAGCGAAGCAUUUAUAUAUCUGCAUUGCUGCAGAUUAAAUUGGAUUUUCAGUUGAAUACAUCUAUGCCAAAUUCUUCCAAGUCAAUGUAUUAGGUUGUGAUGGAAAUAUGCCCUUCGGUCGGCGAUCACCAUUGGAGGCACUGGCCCUGCCAGGUGUUAUAUUGGCAUAUAAGUACAGCCAAUUUCGUCAACGAAGACGCGAGGCCGCCAAUCGACGUGUCACUGAACGUGAACUCACCGCUUUGCAUCAUAAAAUCGAUAAACUUCUUAAUAAAUUGGAAGAGAGUGAACCUGAACCCCCAACGUCACAAGACAAUGAGUGCGUCAUUUGUAUUAAUGCACGGGCCACGAUGCAAACGUCUCCUUGUGGUCAUCGGGUUGUCUGUCGCCGCUGCUUCGUGAAAACUAUACAAAGUGCGGUGGCUCAGCGACUAUUGCCGCUUCGCUGUGUUGUUUGUCGAGCACGCAUCAAUCGAUUGACUUCUGGUUCUGGGUCAUGGAGACUUCAAGGAUCAGCUUCGAGUUAUUCAAUGGGCAGCAGCAAAAGUUGGGGGGUGUCUGGAUCUGCAAGCUCUUAUAGUAUGACGACCAACCGUGUAGCUCAGUCUGCUAGCCUUUAUUCAAUGAGUUCAACAGGGUCAUCGUGUCUGUCAGGUGUCUCCAGUACAUCUUCAAGCUCCGAAAACUCAGCCUCCUCAGCAAUUUCUCUACACAGGCACAAUAACAGUUGCCCAAGUGGUUGUCUUGGUGCCAUUCCACGGAACCCAGCCUACUUGAAUCGGCAAACAAAAGUUAAUGCUACUGGAAAGGAGAGGGUAUCUGAUAUAAUGAUACAUUCACGCCUUCCAACCAUUAAGGAGUUUAGAAGCCCAGCGCGCCGUCUCCCUACGCCAUCACCUGUUCACACAACCAGCGCUCGACUGAGGUAAG